AUGGAUACGAUCACUCAACUACAACAACAACUCGACGCUUCAAAAGCAGAAAUCGAAUCUCUUCGUUCCGACAUUUACAUCAAAGAUCGAAAGAUCAAACAUCUCGAAAUCAAAGAAAAGUAUGGAUACGUGAAACGUACGACGGCAAGACGACAUCUUGGAUUAGAAGUAACACAACUCGAAGUCAACAGAUUGAAUGAAAAAAUUGCCGUUUUGAGAGAAGAAUCGAUCAAAAAGGACGAUCAACUUGAGUUCCAUAAGAGUCGAAAUGAAAAACUAUGCAGUGAUUUGAGUUCUGAACGAGAGAAAGUGGAGUGUCUGACAAGAUCAAUCGAGAGAAACUUCAAGUCUUCAGGAGACGGAACAGACGAUUCCACUCUUUUCUUUCUGUCGUCUCAAUUGAGAAGAACAAGAGAUGAACUCAAGAAUAAAGAAGAGGAAUUGACGACAGUUCGCUAUGAGAAUCUGUCAUGUUCGUUGAAGUCAUUUCGAGAAACGAAGCGUUUGGAGAAUGAGAUAAACGAGUUGAAACGAGACAAUGAGUUGUUGAGAAAUCAGAUGAAAGAUCUUCAAAAAGAGAUGAAUGCGAAAGAAAUGAAGUCGAAGGAGACAAUCAGACAAUGGUCGAAUCGGAACAAAGACCUGCAGAUUGAUGUCAAUUUGCAUAAAAUGACAAUCGAAGAGUUGGAAUAUCAGUUGGCUGAUCUCAAGGAGAACUGUGAGAAUCAAACCGAAUGGAAUCACAAUCUGAAGUCGAUGGAAAAGACGAUCAAACUGCUCGAGCUCAAUUAA